UUUUGUAAAUAAUUUUACUUUUUUUUGGUCAUUUUAAGACUCUGUACAAUGUCUGCUGAUGAGUGUAUACCACCCGGUGAUUCCAAGGAAAUUCCUGUCUCUGGAAAUGGUUCUGUUAAAACUGAGGAAUAUCAGACUGUAGCACUCCAUGACUCCAAAAACCACCCAAAUGGAAAUUGUUCAUUCUCUGUAAAGAGUAACACAGACGAUGAACCGGCUAUACCAUUGAAGAAUGAAGAUGUGCGUCUCGCUCCAGCCGAGGAGCUGUGGAGCACAGUCAGAGACAAGGCUGUCAAACUGAGGAUGAACGCUUCAGAACUCAGCUCAGAACCUCCCAUGACGGUCCAUCAGAUGUUCAUGGCUACAGUGCAGAAGUACGGAGACUCUCCCGCUCUCCGUGCGAAGAAAGACGGAGCAUGGGUCACCCUGACCUAUAAGGAGUACUAUCAACAUUCAAGAGCGGCAGCCAAAAGCUUUCUGAAGCUUGGCCUGGAGCGAUUCCAUGGUGUCGGUAUUCUGGGCUUCAAUUCUCCUGAAUGGUUUAUAGCAGAUGUCGGAUGUAUCCUAGCAGGGGGACUGGCCACUGGCAUCUACACCACUAACUCUCCAGAGGCCUGCCAGUAUGUUGCUGAUAACUGUGAAGCUAAUGUUCUGGUGGUUGAAAACAACAAGCAACUGAUCAAAAUCCUCCAGGUGAGGGAUCAGCUGCCACAUUUGAAGGCUAUUGUUCAGUACAAGGAUGAACUGGAUCAGAAGUUACCAAACUUAUAUACAUGGGCUGAAUUUAUGAAGUUGGGGGAGAAUGUCCCUGAUGCUGAGCUGGAUGCGCUGAUAGACAGUCAAAAGGCCAAUGAGUGCUGCACAUUAAUAUACACCUCAGGCACCACAGGGAAUCCCAAAGGAGUCAUGCUCAGCCAUGAUAAUAUCACAUGGACAGCCAAUUCAGCGGGUCACAUGGUCCGGCUGAAGAUGGCUGAGGAGGAAGUGGUUAGCUACUUGCCCCUGAGUCAUGUGGCAGCCCAAGUCCAAGACAUGUGGAUCUGCAUGAGGUUUGCCGCCGUCACCAAUUUCGCCGAUCCAGAUGCCCUGAAGGGCUCCCUGGCCAACACGCUGAGAGAGGUGCGUCCCACGAGCUUCUUGGGAGUUCCCAGAGUGUGGGAAAAAAUGCAAGAAGCAAUGAAAGCCGUUGGUGCAAAGUCAUCAGUCAUGAAGAAGAAGAUUGGCGAUUGGGCAAAGGGAAUCGGACUUCAAGCGAGCUAUAAUGCCAUGAAUGGUGAUUAUUCAGUGCCUUGGGGCUUCACCUUGGCCAAUCAUCUGGUUUUCAAGAAUGUGCUCAAAGCUCUGGGUCUUGACCGCUGUAAAGCCUGUUACACCGGUGCAGCUCCCAUUACCAAAGACACACUGGAGUACUUCAUGAGCCUUCACAUCCCUGUCUUUGAGCUGUACGGCAUGAGCGAGAGCACUGGACCUCACUCCAUCUCCUGUGCUGAGGGUUAUCGCAUUAUGAGCUGUGGUAAGGUGUUGACAGGCUGCAAAACCAAGUUAGAUAAACCAGAUAGUGAUGGAAAUGGUGAGAUCUGUUUCUGGGGAAGGCAUGUGUUCAUGGGAUACCUGAACAUGCCAGACAAGACUGAGGAGGCAUUGGAUGAAGAAGGGUGGCUCCACUCAGGAGACCUGGGCAAACAUGACAGCAAUGACUUCCUGUUCAUCACUGGCAGAAUAAAAGAAUUAAUCAUUACUGCCGGUGGAGAAAAUAUACCACCCGUCCCUAUUGAGGACGCCCUAAAGGAGGAGGUGUCAAUCAUCAGCAAUAUCAUGUUGGUUGGAGACAAAAAGAAGUUCCUUGCUAUGCUACUUACACUCAAAUGCAACACUGAUGACAAUGGAGAACCCACAGAUGAACUGACACCACUAGCGGUGGAGUUUUGUCGGCAGCAUGGUGUAAUUGCCAGCAAUGUCUCAGAGAUCAUUAGCAAAAAAGAGCCAGCCAUUUACAAAGCCAUCCAGGAGGGCGUAGACCGCGUGAACGCCAAAGCGACAUCCAAUGCCCAGAGAGUCCAGAAGUGGACCCUCCUUCCACGAGACUUCUCCAUAUCUGGCGGAGAACUUGGUCCAACCAUGAAGCUCAAAAGGCCUGUCGUCAGUAAAAUGUAUCAAGAAGAAAUCAACAAAUUUUAUGGUGAAUAACAGAAGAACCCAAAUGAAAAUGUGGGAAUUAAACGCAAGACUACACUGGAUCAUAUUCUUUUGCCAUUGUUCAGUAAUUUGUAUUUUGCUCACUCCAAUGGGCCUCAGUCAAACUUUACACCGACCAUUUUAUACCAAUACAUUCAUUACCUUCUAUAAAUGGUCAAUUAAUACGUUUUCAAAUCUAUCUAUUUGUCAUUAGAACUGGUUAUGUAUAUUCUGUACAAUGUAUGAAAUUGGAGUUGAUUGUAUGUGAUAUUACUGUGCGCAUUACUGUUAAUCUAAGAUCUUUGAAGAAGUUCAGUGAAAAUGUCUAGAAACAGGCUUAGAUUGAGUGAUAUGUACAAGGUUAAUAUUGUUGCUUGCACACUGAGUGUUGUUUGUACGUCAAACAGUUACAGUGUAACUGUAAAGAUACAGAUAUGUUUGUCUUCUUAUCACUGUUCAAAUUUCACCCAGCACAUUUAAUAUUUAUGAGAGUGGAGGGUGUCAGCGUAUGUUGGAAUAUAAGUGAAUAAUAUAUUGGAACUCCAUAA